UCCGACGCGACGAGUGUUGGGAGCUCCUAUCCCACGGUGUAUCUUUGAGCUGAGUUUGACACAACUUCUACAACUUUGAUUUAUACUGUCUCCAGAAAAUAAGAAAUUUUCCAGUGCAAGGAUGGCGGAGAAGGAGAGAUUGUAGUAUUUGUAUAAAGACUGCGAUCAGGAGUUCAGAAUUCAACAAGCUCUUCAUGUAUUUUGAUGUACAUGUAUCUGUGUGCAAAGUCAAUCUGAUGUUCAACAUGUGUGUUAGAUGAUACGCACUGUAUUGGGGGAAAGCAAAUGAAGUUUAGUCUUGCUUGGUAAACACCCACAAAAAAAGAGACACAUUUUUGUCAUCAUGAUGGACUUUGAUGAGCUAGCAGCAGAUGGGGGCAGUCCUGAUGUCAUGAUCCACAGAGCGGACAGUUUCUAUGGCAACCAGGCUCUGCGUACCAUGGAUGAUCUGAGGCAGGUUGGAAAGCUAUGUGAUGUCAUCUUAGAUAUUGAAGGAACGCGGAUACCUGCGCAUCGGAUUGUUCUGGCAUCCUUCUGCCAGUAUUUCUAUACCAUGUUCACGGGUGAGAUGAAAGAGGCCGGUCUAGCAGAGAUCACCAUGAAGGAGGUCAAACCAAGGGCAAUGGAACAACUCAUAGACUAUGCAUACUCAGGUGAGUUAAUGAUUCACAUAGACACUGUGCAAGCCUUGCUUAACACGGCAUCCAUGUUGCAGCUCCCUGACGUACAAGCCUCCUGCUCAGAGUUCCUCAAGAAACAGCUCCAUCCUGCAAACUGUCUGGGUAUAAGAAACUUUGCAGAUGCUCACACGUGUACAGAUCUCAAGCUGGCCUCGGGACACUACGCAGUGACGCACUUCAAUGAGGUGGCGUAUGAAGAAGAGUUCCUACAACUCACCAAGGAGCAACUCUCAGAGCUGCUACAAAGCGAGGAUUUAAAUGUGGCAAGCGAGGAGGAAGUCUAUAAUGCAAUAAUAAGAUGGGUUUAUCAUGACAAAGCCAGCCGAGGUGACCACAUUGCUGAACUCCUUCAGGAGAUGCGGAUGCCUCUGUUGUCUCCAAGGUUCCUUGUGGACAUCGUCGAGGCCGAAGAUCUUAUCAAGCAAGACAUGAAGUGUAGGGACCUCCUGGAUGAAGCUAAGAACUACUACAUGCUACCAGAGAGAAGGAACUCACUGAGGCCCUCACAGAUCACUCCUAGGAAGUCAACAGUAGGAUCAAUCUAUUGUGUUGGAGGGAUGGACAGCACAGGACACUCCCUCAGUCAUGUAGAGAGACUCAAUCUGCUGAGUGGGAGGGUGAGCAUUGAAGCAAGUAUGAACACCCCUCGGAGUGGAGUGGGAGUGGCUGCCUUAGAUGGCAAGCUAUAUGCAAUAGGUGGAAACGAUGGAGGCAAAUACCUGAGCACAGUGGAGAUGUUUGACCCAGCCACCAGGAUGUGGCAUAGAGUAGCAUCUAUGCACCAGGUCAGACGCUAUCACUCGGUGGCUAUUCUUGAUAGACAGCUGUUUGCAGUGGGUGGCUACGACGGGUCCACUGUCCUUGAUACAGUAGAGGCUUAUGAUCCCCGUACAAACCGCUGGAGAAGGAUAGCAAGUCUUGAGGGCAAGCGUCGCCAUGCAGGUGUAGCGGCUCUCCAUGACUGCAUGUAUGCUACAGGAGGUAGCAACGGUACUCUCUAUCUUCAGGAAUGCGAGAAAUAUGACCUCAGAAUGAACAAGUGGUUACCCAUCGCCAGUUUGAGUUCCAAGAGAGGUGGAGGAGGCCUGGGAGCAGUAGGGGGCAGACUGUAUGCUUCUGGAGGCUACGAUGGCCAGGCAAACCUCAACACAGUCGAAAGAUACUACCCAGAGGAAGACAGGUGGACAUUUAUGGCUCCAAUGUUAGAGUGUCGGAGUGGGCAUGGCGUCAGCGUCCUGGGCUCUACCAUGUAUGCGGUAGGGGGUCAUGACGGGGUGCACUACCUGAACACGGUGGAGGCGUUCGACGAUCAUUCGGGGGAGUGGCACCGGAACAAACCCAUGGGCACGAGUCGAGCCGUGGUUGGAAUCGCAAUACUUACCAACAUUCCUGUUACGAACGUUUGAUUCUACUUGUCUAUCAUAUUGGCUUCUUUGAAAUAAUUUGUAUCUGCAAGGAACAAGAUGAAGUUCCAGGAGGGUAGGAUAUGACCAGACAAAUUCUGAGUGCAAGAAACCCUUCACAGAAUAGCCAGUGGUCCAGAUCCAUUAAAACGUCAUGUUGUUGGUUGGUUGGUUUUACCUGACUGCUAAGAAAGCAUGUGUAUGCUUGUAAGUAAGCAACCAGGGGACCGACAGCUUUAAGCCCUCUCCGGGGGACUUGGUAAUAAGGAUUAAUGCCUUACCAAAGGGCACUAGCGCAUCAACUUAGUUUUCAGCUCGAGACCUCCCAGUUACAAGACCUUUGAUCUACUGCUGAGCCAUCACGCCUCACGUGAGGAGAUCUGCUAUUAUCAGGUCCUUUGCACAAUUAGCCAUUCUACUCACAUGCCAUCAGAAGGAGAGAAACUGUACAACUUGCACACAGGAAACGUUGCAAAAGUCCGAAGUGUUUCAGAUUGUUGAACUUCUUCUCAUAUACAUGUACCAUAUUGCCACCAGAGUGUACUAACACAGAAUUACGACUGCAAUCUUUAAGUUGUGUGUAUUUCAUUCAAUGAUAGUGGUAACUAGGGCAGUGGCUUGUAUACCAGUAGAUUGGAUGCUAUGUUCCUAUUUGAGUAUUAUUGUGGAUUGGUCAGUAUUCAUUUUAUUUUUGACCACCCAACAUGUCAUAUAUGAAUUGUUUGAAUAUAUUAUGAUAAAUGUAUGGUGCUC